AUGCCUCCACCGAGCCCGGGUCUACCCAAUCCUUUCGUGCCGGAGGUCCUUGACCUUCUUCCACUUGAUAUCCGCACCGGAUAUAAAGCUGCCCUGAUCAAGUGUGAUUGUAAAUUGUCUUUCCCUGAACGCAUUGUCAAGAAGCAAACCGUCGCUCCAAGUACUAUCACCGACACCGAAGUAUCCAGAGUUCACCACAGGGCGCUUGCUGAGAACGAUGCCGAUCUUGCACUUUCCCAAGGUUAUCGGGUCAUCAGCACUGAAGGAACCGGUCGUUGUUGGCAUGUCGAUGGCGCUGCGCGGGGCCCAGUUGAGUUCCACGGCGAUAAAGACAGUGUUGCCACUGGCGCAUGUCAACUGGGGAUUUCCCAGUACCAGGUUCUUCCGCAGAGUAUUUGGCGGUUGGUCAUGGUUAACGGUGAAUAUUCACCAGCCCGGUUUGAGGUCAAGGUGCCGGAUGAUGAACGCGGCGAUGGAGUGGGACGAUUGGCGGCCAUCAUUGUGUUGCAAAUGGAAUGA